UAAAUUACUUUAUAUUGUAUUGCAAUAAAGUAAUUGUUUGUACAACUCUCUGGUAUCAUGUUUUGGGUGAAUAAUAAAGGGGGGCAUCAGCUGCUUAUCUGAUUUUAUCCCUUUAUUAAUCCAACAUCUGCCGCCUCUAUACGUUGAUGUUUUCAUAUUCAUGUUUUAUGCCACCCUUCAAUAAUAAUGGCAUAUCAUAUUGAAUAUAUAUCCAACUAAUAACUAUACUCAUUUGUGUCCAAGUUUACAACCAAAAUCUUUGUAGGGAAAAGAACUCAAUGUAUGAUAAGGAAGCAAUAUUGCAUGUGAAAUAAUUUGUAUAAAUUAAUUCUGUUGUUCUCAGACAGAGAUGGGAAAUUGAUUUUGUGGUGAAAAACAACUGGCAUUAAUUCUGUAGAAUUACCGCACUCUCCGUCACGUCAUUGUCGAGAUCUUUGAGGUCUCGUUCUCUGUGCAUCACGAUUACUGUGAAGUGCUCCCUCAAUGGAGAGCACGUCUAUGGAGCUACCUGGGGACUGAAUGAGGCCUGUGUCACAGUUUAGCUGACCUUAGUGCAUCAGCCUUAUAACCUACACAGUUACACCGGACAGUCAUACAAUGGAGGAGACAGAGUAGAUGGAGCCUUACUCUGAAAAUGCCAGUGAGAGAUAACAGAAAACACAAGGAUCUUCACUUGGAGAAAAAUCAUGUGUAUAAUGUGUAUGACCAGAUUGCACCAAAGUUCAGCGAAAUUUCCCAGAAAGCCUGGCCAAACGUCCGAAGGUUUCUCAAGGAUUUGCCUCCUGGAUCCAUAGUGGCUGAUAUUGGUUGUGGAAGUGGCCGCUAUCUUCACAUUAACAGUAAAGUUGUGAAAUUUGGAGUGGAUAUCUGCUCCCCAUUGGUAGAGAAUGCCAGGAGUAAGGGCCAUGAGGUGCUUGUGGCAGACAAUAUGAGCCUGCCAUUUCGAGAUGGGGUAUUUGAUGCCAUCAUAUCUAUUGGUGUAAUCCACCAUUUCUCUAGUCAGAGUCGACGUCUCCAAGCUGUGAAGGAAAUGUGCCGUCUUCUAAGACCUGGGGGACAGGUCAUGAUAUAUGUAUGGGCCUUUGAACAAAAGCACAGAAGGUUCAAAACUCAGGAUGUCUUGAUUCCUUGGCACAGUAACCAUAGCAACAAGAGAUCUGGCUCACUGGAUGGGGGAUUGUCCAGCAAUACAAGCUCUGAUAGUGAGUCAUCAGUUGACAUCGAGGACACCAGGAGUUCAGAGAUAAACUUUAAUCGAACACUCUCAGAUCCAGGCAAAGAACAAGAAAAUACUCAUCUACAGUCCUAUCUUAGAACGGUCACUCAGGAAUCCCACCUAUUGUCCCAAAGACACAGGUGCAAUACCCUCCCCAGCUCACUUGAGGGACUUUCUGGGGAAGAAACUCGAGAUAAUUUUGUACCAAGUGUUCUUGCAGCAGAGUGCAGAAAGUUUGAGGCAUCUCUCAAGGCCAUGUCUUCAAGUAUGUUCUACCUCAGUGAAAGUGAAUACAGGUCAACUAAUGAAAAUUUGCAAGCAGAUCUAAGCAGUCAUCAAAACUUACAUCAUACAGGACUUGAAGGUUACAAAUCAGGUGAUUUUUCAGAGCCAAUCAGAAAAUCUAUCAAAGCUGAGAAUGGGAAUUUAGAAAAAGCAGCAGAAAUUUCCCAUAGGAACCUUUCUGAACCUUUUAAGAUUGACAACACAAACUGCCAUGGGAGAGAUAAAUUUACAUCAGAAACUAUCACUGAUAUUCAAGAUCCCUGUAGUAAAAUCAAGUCAGUGGUGCUUCAAGAAAAUGUUGUCAGUUCAGUGAAAUCAAAUAGCAAUUGUGACAUUUGUCCAGGACAUAAACCAAGCUUAGACCAGUAUUUGUGUAAGACUGAUCCUGUCAAAGAUCCAGAUGAUACAUCACAAACAACUCGAAAAGAUGGUGCAAAAGUGAGGAAAAAUAAAUUCACACUUUUUUCUUCCAUCAAAGAGAGUUUUCUUAAUUUUUUUGAAGGAAAAUCAUCAAAAAUGAAGAAGCCAAAACUUGAGCCAGUAGUAUGUGAUAGUGGAGAGAUGGACGUCAGCGAUUUUGCUGUGAGAGAGUUCCCAAUGAGUAGCUGUCCAAAUUACAGAAGGGAGAUCAUAUCAGAGGAGUUAAAAGCCUUUCAGAGCAGUGAAAAUCAGGGAUCAAACUUAUACUGUGUUACCGAUGAACUCAGUGUUGAAUCUGAGACGAAAAACAAUCCUGUACACCAGACAUGUUUGGAAGCUAGAGCUUCUGCUAGUCAAGACACAUCCUGCCAUAUUGCAAGUCAGAAAGAUACACUACUUAAGCAUUCCAUGUCAGACUUAUCACCCUCAAAUUGCGAGUCUCUAAAACGUUUUGAUGAUAUGUCCUCAGAUAGUCUCAAACUAAGAUCUCAUUUGAGUGGCCUCUCUCAAAGACACUCUUGUAGCUUGCCAGCUGUCAAUCAUAUCACAGAGGCAGUCCAGGUCAGUCAUCCCACGUCUUCAGUGCCUUCAUCCCCUGCAGUAAGAAACGAAUCAUUAAACAAGUCCACAGAACUUAGCAGGUUUUACCAUGUUUUCAAAGAUGGGGAAUUGCCAAAACUCAUUUCAAAACAUGUCCCAAAUGUGAAAAUUAUUAGUUCAACUUAUGAUCAUGCUAACUGGUGUAUUGUGGCAGAAAAAUAUCACUAAUUGUAUUUUUGUUUCAUAAGUAGAAAUCUAUAUUAUUAAUGAAUUUUAUUGUUGUACUAGUGAUUAUUGCAAUGUCACAAAUUUUAUAACAGUGUAUCCCUCACUCAUUUAUAUUUAUGGUUUAUUUACUAGGUACCGUACUUGAAGAAAUAAAACAAAUUAUUGUAUAUUUUUAUUGUAUUUUUACCUUUAGAAUUUAAAGAUCUCAAAAAUAUGGUGCAUGUAUUUUACAGAAUUUAGUCCACAUUUUAAUUUUUCAUUAUACAUGCGUCUCUAAUUCAGUAAAGCCCAAAUAUAAAGAAAUCUCAGCAAUUACAUGUAGUUGAAUCUUGUAGCAGAGUUUGAAUGAAGUUUUUUAAAUCAAUAUAGAGAAAUUUGGUUAUUUUAUGUUCCUGUGUUUUCCUCAUAUAAGUCUUUUCCUGUAUUUUAACAAUUGGUUUGCUAUGGCUUAGCAUUUUAUUGUAGUAUUUUCAAAAGCAGUUCAAACUUAAAUCAUAAUACUACAGUCAUAUUGGGCAAAGUGUUAGUUUUAUUGCAGUUACAUAAGUAUCUUGUAUACUUCUAUCUACAUGCAAUGUCUUGUUUGCCCCUUAAUGAAAGUAAGGCAAGCCCACCAUGAAGAGAGAAUGAAAGAGAGAUAUAUGUUUAUAAAUAGGCAUUCAAUUUUAAUUAAUGAAUUAAAUUUUGUUAGAUUUAAUUUGGUGUUAUUCAUGUCAGCCUCUGUAUUUGUAGGACUGUCCCCUAUUGGUUGAUUUAGGUCUUAUUCUAUUUUAAAAACAUUCACAUUGAUUGCAAUGCAGACUUGCCAAUGAUUAACAUGUUUUAUUGCACUUUUAUAAGAAAGCAUGUUCUUUCAUUUAAAAAUUGUGUGCCUUGUAAAAGCUUUCAUAUUUAUAUGGAAAGUUUGAAGAUUCAUUAGGUGAUAAUUCCAUAUGCCAAGUUUAUGCAUCUAUAACACAAUCAAAUGGAGGAGAUUUUUCAUAAUGGUUUUUGUCUAUUUCUGGUGUUUAUUGAACUUGCAUAAGGAAUACAUUUUGCUGUUUUGAUCUUAAACAUGCAUGUCAGAAUCAAAAUAAUUGUGAUUUUUUUUAUUUUCUUAUAUUGACUUGAUUGAUUUUGUGUUAGUAUAAGUGAUCCUAUGUUAAGAAAUAAAAUGGGUAACAUUUUAAAGUACACUCUACAUGCCACAAGAUUUCUGAAUGGGGUUUUGUAAACUCCAGAAGUUUUUUUUUU